UAUUGGCGGCCAAAGCUGACAAAACGGCUGCCGGAAACUGGCGGCAAUCAACUAUCUAAAAGUUACAAAUAAAAAAUGAAUAUUUAUUAAUACUUAUUUGUUUUUUGUCACCGAAAUUUCCAUAUUCAGAAAUUCUUCCCAACUAACUUUCGAACAGUUUUGGCAAUGGAUGCAGUUGAUGAUGCUGAUCAGUUAGCAGAAACACCAAAAAAUGAAGUAAUGUCCUUCUUUGAGUCAGCUCCACCACUAAAGGAUGCUGCGGAAUUUGAAAAAAGUUUGAAGGAAUUUGUUGAUCGCAAUACUUCAUCAUCAGUGAAUGGAAGAGCAAAUAGGUUGGUGUGCGUCACUUCUGGUGGUACAACUGUUCCUUUGGAAAAGCAAUGUGUUCGUUAUAUUGACAACUUUAGUUCCGGUCAUAGAGGGGCUGCAUCCACAGAAUACUUUUUGAAGGCCGGUUAUUCUGUAGUCUUUCUCUACCGAAGCGGGACAUGCCAGCCAUUUUGUAGUUCUCUGCCCGAUGAUCCGUUGCUAGAGUGCUUUAGUGUUGCUGAUGAUUCAAAUAUUAAAGUGGAUGCAUUGCAUGCUGAAACAGUGAAGAGAGCCAUUACUGAAAAUCGUGCAGCAGUUGCUGAGGGCAUCCUGUUGAAACUUCAAUUUACGACAAUUUUCGAGUAUUUGCAGAUUCUUCAGCUAGUUUCUGUGUCUUUGAGGGACCUUGGGCAUAGGGCUAUUUUCUUUCUUGCAGCUGCAGUUUCUGAUUUUUAUGUUCCGUGGGAAACCAUGAAUUUACAUAAGAUCCAGUCAGCUUCUGGUCCUCUGGAUAUGCGACUUGCCCAAGUACCAAAGAUGCUCUCAGUUCUUAGGAAUGAGUGGGCACCGAUGGCAUUCCACAUAUCUUUUAAGCUAGAAACAGAUAAAGAUAUCCUUUUAGCAAAGGCUGAUAUGGCCCUCAAAAAAUACAAGAUGCAUAUGGUGAUAGCUAACGAGCUUUCAACACGUAAAGAGGAAGUUAUCGUUGUCACUGAGCAGGAAAAAGUCACAGUUCGCAGGGACAGCACUCGAGCAGGGGCUGAAGUUGAGUGUCCAUUGGUUGAGCUUGUUGUUGAUAGACAUGCAACAUAUAUUAAGAAAUUUGAUGCAUAACCACUGUUGAUGGAUCAAUUGUAUUCGGUGGAUCAGCAUUUUAUAACUUGAAUAUCGAGUUAUAAGGACAUUUGAGUAAGCAAAAUUAGUGUAACCAAUUUGUUUCAGAAUAAAGGAAAAAGAAGAGAGUACUUUUUAGCUUUUUUUUUUUUUUUUUUUUUUGAUUGGCAGUCUGUGUUUUUUUUUUUUUCUUCUUUUUAGUCGGAUGUCCCUGAAGGGACAUGAUGAGAUUUCAUGGAAGUAAAUGCACCUAUACACAAACAUAUGUAAUUUACUCCAAGCUGUGAUGUGUUUUUUGUUUCUGUUAAUCAAUUAAGAGUACCAUGUUACU